UUUUUCGAGCUCGUGUGGGGCGCGUUCUGUCCGAAAGAGAGCGCGUGAGAAUCUGCGUUCGUUCCCUCGCUGUAAGUUUGUGUGUGGAGCAGCGCGGGCUCACUCAUUUCUGUUCUUGUCCUACUACAGUCUCCAGAAACCGAGUUCAAGGAGGACGAUCUUCUACCUCUGCGAGCUGAAAAACCACCGCGCUUGAUUCUCACUGAAAACUCCUCUCGUCGUGAUCAGUGAAAUCAUGUCUGCCUCAGCGGCUAAAGUCAGUAAAAAGGAACUGAACUCGAACCACGACGGAGGGGACGAGACCUCGGAAAAAGAGCAACAAGAAGCCAUCGAGCACAUCGAUGAAGUACAGAAUGAAAUUGACAGACUGAAUGAGCAGGCGAGUGAGGAAAUUCUUAAGGUUGAACAGAAAUACAACAAACUCCGCCAGCCGUUCUUCCAGAAGAGGUCAGAACUCAUAGCCAAAAUCCCCAACUUCUGGGUCACAACAUUUGUCAACCACCCACAAGUCUCAGCUCUUCUUGGGGAGGAGGAUGAGGAGGCGCUUCACUAUCUGACCAGAGUAGAGGUGACAGAGUUUGAAGACAUCAAAUCCGGCUACAGAAUAGAUUUUUAUUUCGACGAAAACAUGUAUUUUGAGAACAAAGUCCUCUCCAAAGAAAUUCACCUGAACGAAAGUGGAGACCCAACCUCAAAGUCAACAGAGAUCAAAUGGAAACCAGGAAAAGACCUCACAAGUCGAUCCAGUCAGACACAGAGUAAAGCGGGCAAGAAGAGGCAACAUGAAGAACCUGAGAGUUUCUUCACCUGGUUUACCGAUCACGCCGAUUCAGGGGCCGACGAGUUGGGCGAAGUCAUCAAAGACGACAUUUGGCCGAAUCCUCUUCAGUACUACUUGGUUCCAGACAUGGAGGAUGAGGAAGGAGAGGGUGAGGAUGAGGAGGAAGACGAGGAAGGUCUGGAUGAUAUUGACGAAGAGGGAGAAGAUGAUGGAGAGGAAGAGGAGGAUGAUGAUGGAGAGGAUGAUGAAGGCGAGGAUGACUGAAGCUGAAACAGAGGAAUAUUAUCCACAUUUCCCCAGUCCUGUUUCCAAAUUGCUUCUUUGGCUUUUUUGUUGUUUUUUUGGGGAGCCAGAUGCUUCUUUUUCCUGCUUUUUUUUUUCUUUUUGAGCUCCAUCUUUCCUCUAUCCUGAACUUGCCAUGUUGAAGUCCCCCGAACAGACUCACAAUAAACUGACUGCAAAAUCUUGCCGACAUGGCAUCUACCAUCUCAAUUUCCAAAUGCAUUUCGAGGUAAAAAGCAAAACACUGUAGUUAUCGGCCGCACGUCGUCUGGAGUAGACUUGCGAGUAGUGUUUUCUGUUUGUUUUCUUUUUUCUUUUUUUAUAAAUAUAUAUAUGUACAAAUAUGUAUAAUU